AUGCCGGGAGCCGCUCGGCUGGGGGACCCCCCCUUCCCCUCGCUGACGCCGGAGGAGAAGGGAGGGAAAGACGGAAAAAGGAGGAAAAUCCCAGCGAAACCCUCCCCAAACCGGAGCCACGGAGAAGGCGGCGGCGCCGGCUGGAAAAUGCAUCUUCCUCGGAGCUGCGUCCUCCUCCUCCUCCAGGGCAGCAUCGCGCUGCUGGUGCUGUGCGCUCCAGAGGAAUCCGGGACGGGCGCGGAUCCAGGUGAGCCCCGGGGCCGCGGCGGAGCCCCGGGACCGGAGCUGCGGGAGCUGCUCCCCCCAAAGCCCCUCCCGAGCCCCGGCCCGGCCCCGCCGCGGAACCGGAGCCUCCCGGGGCUGGCCCGCGGCUCCCGGGGGCUCCGCGGGCUCCUGGAGAAGCGGCCGGGCCGGGAGCCGAGGAAGCUUUUCGGCUGGGGCGAGUUCUACUCCAACAUCAAGACGGUGAAGCUGAACCUGCUGAUCACGGGCAAGGUCGUGGAUCACGGCAACGGCAGCGUCAACGUCUUCUUCCAGCACAACUCCACGGGCCACGGCAACAUCUCGGUCAGCCUCGUGCCCCCCACCAAGGCCGUGCAGUUCGACCUGGAGCAGCAAAUCUUCAUCGAGGCCAAGGAGUCCAAGGUGUUCAAUUGCCGCGUGGAGUCGGAGCGGGUGGCCCGGGCCAGGAAAACGUCGCUGUGCACCUUCGACCCGGCCAAGACGUGUUCGCAGGAGCACACGCAGAGCCGGGCGGCCUGGCUGUGCUCGCAGCCCUUCGGGGCCGUGUGUGUGUACAUCACCUUCUACAGCAGCGAUUACCGCCUGGUGCAGCGCGUCUGCCCCGACAUCAACAGCCGAGCCCGCCCGGCCGCCUUCCCCUCGGGAUGAGCCCCGCCACAGCUCCCCCGCAGCUCCCGGGGCCGCCACUCCCGGG